CUCCUAAACGCUUCCUGCUUUAGCAUUCCAUCUUCAUCUUAAACCCUAGUAUUCCCCAUCUACAAUUUUCUUGCUUUCCUUAGGUAACCUCUACUCAAGCUUCGAUGUCUAAUGUUUUUUCUCUGUUGAUUGAUGGCAAUUUCGUUUUAAUUGUCUAUAAUUUUACGCUUUUUACCCUCUUUAAUCUGAACUAAGGCAUUUUAAUGUUUUCGUUGAAUUUGAAUAGUCGGGAUCAUAUCUGCGAGGCUUGGUGUUUGAAUUAGGAUUUUACAGUUGCAACACCAAAACGAUUGCGUUUAGUACAUAUUAAGAGUAAUUUCAUUGGAAGAGCGUUUGGUGGAAAAUUGGAAAUCAAUUUUAUAUUUGUUAUUAAUGAUAUAUCAGAUUCUUGAUAUUUUGCGUCUCCCUCAGCGCUGUUAAUGGCUUCCUCUCAUGCCCUGAAAUUGUUUUGUGCCGUUGGUGUUUGGUGUACUGCUUAUAUUACAGUUGCAAUCGUCUCCUAUUUCCGAGUCCUCAGCUCUCUGUGUGCCUUCUGAUUAGCGCAGCUAUCAGUUUGAAGAGGCUAUAAUGGGCUAUGCACAACUUGUAAUUGGCCCUGCAGGCAGUGGGAAGUCCACUUAUUGCUCUAGUUUGUACCAACACUGUGAAAUAGUUGGGCGGUCAAUACACAUUGUGAACCUAGAUCCUGCUGCAGAACAUUUUGACUAUCCUGUGGCUAUGGAUAUCAGGGAACUCAUUUCUUUGGAUGACGUUAUGGAGGAGCUUGGUCUUGGUCCCAAUGGAGCUCUUAUUUAUUGCAUGGAAGAGCUUGAAGACAAUCUGGAUGACUGGUUGACGGAAGAGCUGGAUAAUUACAGGGAUGAUGACUAUCUAGUUUUUGACUGCCCAGGCCAGAUAGAACUUUUUUCACAUGUGCCGGUGCUUCGAAACUUUGUGAAGCAUUUGAAGCGUAAAAAUUUCAAUGUCUGUGCUGUGUACUUAAUUGACUCACAGUUCAUCACGGAUGUGACCAAGUUUAUAAGUGGAUGUAUGGCAUCUCUUUCUGCAAUGGUACAACUUGAAUUGCCUCAUGUUAAUGUCCUCUCCAAAAUGGACCUCGUAACCAACAAAAAGGAUAUUGAAGAUUACUUGAAUCCGGAGCCUCGUGCUUUGUUGUCAGAACUGAAUCAGCGCAUGGCCCCUCAGUUUUUGAAGCUAAAUAAAGCUUUGAUUGAACUUGUGGAUGAGUAUAGCAUGGUGAAUUUUGUGCCGCUUGACCUGAAGAAGGAGAGCAGAUGGUAGAGAUUUCAUGAAAUGGGUUAAAAUUAUAAGCCUAGGGCCAAAAACACACUCUAAGAAGCAGGCCUCAUAUCACUGAACAGAGAAAAAAAUUACACCAGGCCCCCAUCAAGCUAGCUUACUACCAUAGGGCCCAUAAGCCCAUACCAACCAAACCCUAGCAACUCAACCGGGUAGUAGGAGAAACGCUGCAGCUGCUCCAUUGCUGAUCUCUGUCGUCUGGGAAUGAACUGCUGCGGCUGCACCACCACCAAAUUCUGCUGUCUGGAAUGUCUCAGAGUGGUUUCCUGCAGUAGAAGCAAUAUGAAACGACAUUCCAGAAAGGCAGAAAUAGCACAUCGGGAUCUCGGUUCUCCAAAAUUGGCACAAGCACUGAUCUGUGAGAAAGCUAAAUGACAGAGCUCACCAGCAAUCUCAAUCUCUUGUAGCCUUUUGGGUCUGGCGACCAAAAUAUAGCAGAUUGGCGAAAAUGACUCCUGAGGUACUGUUCUAAAGCAUCAAAGGAGAGCAUCUUCUCAUAGAGCUAACGCAUCACCUAGAAACAAGACACAAGCCACUGCUACAAGCUUUAUGAAGCUAAUCCAAAGUAGAUCAAAAUCGUCCCUCCCUGGUGAAGCUCAAUCUAUAUGCAAAAACCAUACCUAAAACCUAUCUAAGGCCCCCCAUAGAGGUGGGGAGGAAAAAACUCACUCUUGGAGCAAUGAGGAAGCUGUCCCCUGCUUAGGAUGGCAAGAGGAAGGGGCAAAACUUGGCAGGGAGAGCAGACUAAAAGCUGCAAAAAAUUGAAGCAAAGGCGAAACAGGAUUUCUCUCUCUAGGAAACUAGUACCUGACGUUUUGCCUGUCGCUUGACCUAUGCUUUCUCUAAUGUCUGAGAGUGAUUAGAUUAAAUGGGUUUUUUUGCUACAAAUGUCUCAAUCAUUAAUGUACUUGCCUUUUGAAAUAAAUGAUUCAUUAAUCGUCUUUUAAUAAAAGAAAAGAGAGCAUAUCUGGAAAUGAGACCUUCCAAAGAA